GCGGGGGGGUCCCUCGUGUACCACGCGGGUUUUCGAAUGCACUCGAGGCUGCAUUAUUCGGCAACCUAAAUAAUAGUAGUAUUAUUUUAUUUAUGAGCUUCAAUUAUUUAUUUUGAUCGCUAUAUGCGUACCCCAAUUGACAGAGAUCAUUUUCUACUUUAUCCACUCUACCCGUCUGUCAAAAACUGCUGCAGCUUUCGGAGAGCUUUAUACGGCGCCGGACUUGGCCGCGCUAUAUUCGACGCCGAAGGCGCUGCUGUCCUCUCGUCGCACAUGUGUCUGCAUUUCAGUUUGGAGCUAAUGUAUAGCAGCCAACACUGCACGUGCUCCUGUGUUUACGUUAUACUUGAAAGUACAAAUUUUCAAUUGGAACAUCGACAAUCCGAUCAUGAAUCCGAUGGAACAGCGAAACGGAAAUCCAGUCCUCCAAAAGGUCGCGUUCGUUCGAGGGGACGGCCGAUCGCCGAGUGAAAUCCGACACAUAAGCGCCCGGCUCGGUGUCUUCGGCCAAGCCGAUGGCAGUGCAUAUUUGCAACAGGGUUUGACCAAAGUGUUGGCCACUGUUUACGGUCCGCAUCAGCCUCGCGGAAAGUCAGCCGGUAAUAUGUUGAAAGCGGUGAAGGGUAUUGUCAACUGUCAAUACAGCACAGCAGUGUUCAGUUUUGGAGCUGGAGUGAGAAAGAAGAGACCUCGCGGUGACAGAAAGUCCCAGGAGCGGGAACAGCAGCUUCGUCAUGCCAUGGAAGCAAUAAUCAAUUUGGAACUCUUUGCCAAGUCUCAAAUAGAUAUCUUCAUUGAAGUUUUACAAGUUGAUGGAAGUGAAUUUUGUGUUGCAGUUAAUGCUGCUACUCUUGCAUUGAUAGAUGCAGGCAUUCCCAUCAAAGAUUAUGCUAUCGCAUGUUCAAUCACUGUGGCAGAUGAUGUAACUGAAAAAGAUGAAGAAGGUGCUCAAGAUGGUGGUAGUCUCAUUGAUGCCAAUUGGGUAGAGGAAUGCUCUCCAGGCUUUACUCUAUCAAUAGUUUCUCUGCCUAAAGUUGUUGAUGAAACACAAACUCAAAGCUCAUUGAUUUUGGCUCAUGGAGCAGGUCGAAGGUUACAUUUGUCUCGACUAGAAGCCUUGAGACAACGUGCACUUGAUGCUUGCAAAGAUAUAAGAGAUAUACUAGAUGCAGUAGUGAGGAAUCAUUUGCAUACACACGCUGCGAUACAAUCUGUGGAAAAAUAAGCAUGUUUUGUGAUAUAUUGAUAAUGAUAAUUGUAAUAUAUUGCAUAGUUUGUAAUUAAUAACUAACUCAUUUUUUUUAAUAUUCAUAAACAAGUGUCAUUAAAGACUUUUAUUUCUAUAUUUACA